AUGGCUACGACAACACAAUCGCCAGCACAAAGUCAUUGGACCUACUUUCUUAAUGGGGUUGAACAAGCAAGCAAUUGGUCAAAGACACUCAUUCUCUUUUAUUCAUCGACUACGGUCCAACAGAAUAUGGUCAAAGCUCUUGUCUUGAACGGCCUUAUUUUCCUUGGUGGUCUAUUGAUCCUGGAGACGUUUUAUAACGAGCCCACUCAUCGUUUUCUUGGUUGUUCGUACGCGAGUUUGCUAGGAUAUCCAAUGUACUUUUUAUUACUGGCGAUCAAUGGCAAGUUCUAUACGCCUAUUGCAGAAAAGACGUUUCAGGUGCAAGCCAAGAACAAUCCUCGUGUCAAGGGCUCUACCAAUAUCGUUCAGAGCAUGGCAUCCAACAUUUAUACCGUCAUCUUUUAUAUCAACUGCUCUGUAUUCGCUGCUCUCUUGAGAAUCUUCAUCCCUCAAAUCGGCACCGCUUUGGCUCUCUUGAUGAAUUGUGCUAUCAUGGCCUAUUACAGCUUUGAAUACAAGUGGCUCUACAUGGGUUGGACAUUGGAGCAACGACUUGUGUAUGUUGAAGAACAUUGGGCAUACUUUUUAGGCUUUGGUAUGCCUAUCACGGUCUUGACAUUCUUCUUAUCCACCCUUCACUCUGGAGCUAUUUUUGGUCUCAUUUAUCCAAGCUUUGUGAUUAUGGCUAUGAUGGCAACACCCAAGCCUACUUCUCCUUAUGGUCAACCACUUGCAUCUGGUAAAGGUGCCCAAUCACACUGGAUGCUCCCCAACCGUAUUCCCAUUUUCUUUGGUGUUCGUAAGCUUAAUGAUGCCGUGAUUAUGCUAGUCAAAGUGUUUGGCGGCGUUCAUGCUGCACCCAUUGUCUCCGAGAAGCAAAAGAUGGCCAAGAUUGAUUAA